AUGGGUUCUACAGGAGUUGAGUUCGGCGAAUCUCUGCCUCUGAGCUUGGAACAUGAAAGCAUUGAAUCGAUAGAAGAGGAGGAACUACCGGUAGAAAGGAGCGACGCGUCGGAUGUUAUGCAGAGCCCAAGGUACAUAUCGCGUGGCAAGUUAAUGGCUGCUCAUCGGGCGCGAAUGAUACCUGAGUUGAGGGAAGAGGACUUGGAGGAGAUGUUCGUGAGGGGAAGUGGUCCGGGGGGACAGGCCAUCAAUAAAACGUCAAGUAGCGUCUCCCUGAUACAUCGUCCAACCGGUAUCAGAGUACAAUGUCAAGCAACGCGAUCGCGUGAACAGAAUCGAAAGAUUGCUCGAAAGAUAAUGGUUGAUAAGGUACAGUUCAGAAUUCUGGUUUUUGUUGUGCCUGUGAAGAUGACAUUCAAUUACCAGUUGGAUCAACUUGCAAACCCUGGUCUGUCAAAGGUAGAAGUCCAACAAGAGAAAGUUCGGGCGAAAAAGCGGCAGCGAGCGAAAAAGGCUAAGAAAAAGGCCAAGCUGAAAGCGGAUGCAGGACCAGCAGAGAGCGAUGGAAAUUGA